GAGUUUAGAGUUUCGCAUAGGUAUCCUGCAAUUUUGCUUUUGUAAUUCCGAGACUCGUUACUUGAUACAGUGUAAUUAGUUCUGCGCCGGCAACAUCGUUGGUUUUCAAGGUUACUUUGGGGGUUUCAUUUCUUUCAUUUGCUGGGGCUGUGCAGUGGUGGUUUAACUAUCGUGAAGAUCCCGUCCCCACCUGCAUUCUUACCUACGCAUUCGUUCCUUACCUACACACUCUUUUGACAACCACACUCAUUCGCUCGAUCGCAACUUUCCAACUCGUGUAGUAUACAUACAGAUCUCAUCUUGUCACAUCGCACGACAUGCCUGUACUAAAGUUCUCACACCGUGCUGAGCCCAUCAACGCCGAACAGCGCAUGAUCGGCCCCAUUCCUUUACCAUGGUUCAUUCCCAUGUGUGUCUUUGCGCCUUUCUUCCUCUCAUUCAUUUGCUGGGUAUUCUACCAACAAACAGUGACGCGAUACAAGAACAAGAAGCUUCUGGCAGCGCAACAAGAGCAGCAGCGCUUAGCUACUAAAGAGGUGGAGACGCAGAUGCAACAGUUCAUUGGGUCGAGCGUAAACAACGCGAACAUUCGCGCACCACCAAGAGCAAUGAGGCAGCCCGGAUUCCGAUGAGUGUUAUCUGGAAUUUCUCAACACGAGUAUCAUGGAAUUGGUCGCAGGAUGUGAGACAUGAUCACGUGUCAUCCAUUCAUUUCGGCUCGGGCAGACCAGCAAACCCUCUAAACGACUGUCAUGAAAGCACAAUGCCUCACCAGUAUUCA